UGGCCCCACUGUUUUUUCAACACCUACAAUAUUCAGUCGUGCAACACAGCAAACAGCAACAACGCGAAAGGUCUGAAAACUGAAAAUUCGGCAGCAAUUGGCACCGCAGCCACCGGAAAAGCCAAACCCCACAAGCAGCAUUCGGGGAGAAAAUCACCGGGAACAGCGAAAACCCGGCCAGAGAGUGCAGUUUUAUCGCCAUUGAAUCGAGCCCAGCGCGUGCAUAUAUACGGGUUCCGUUGGUUCCGUUCCGUUUCGUUUUUUUCUUGCACACACUUUACCACUCUACCUUUACGUCUCGUUUCGUGGUGCGUGCGUGUGUGUGUGUGCGUGCGUUCGUGUGUUGUUUUUCCGUCCGUCCAAACUAAACACAGGUAGAAAAUCAUGGGCGAAAUAUGAAUAUGGAAUCAAAUAAAUAUACAACGAGAGCAGCAGCAGCAGUAACUGAAACAAACACACUUGUAUUCCGUUCGUGUUAAUAACUUUGUGCGUCUUUGCUUUGUGGUCGCAUUCAUUUCAUAUAGUAUUAUUUUUCUCUUGGAUUUUCAACAACCACAACAACAACAACAACAGCACAAGAAGGCGAAGCAGACAUGGAUGUGAGAGCGAGAGCACAGAUCGUCUUCAUAUACUCACCGUGAUCACCGUAUCGUGAAUGAAUAUUUGUCGUAGUGUGCGAGGCGUGCUCUACUCACACACACUCGUGCGUAAACAACACACUUGUCGAUGUCGGUGGUGUCUGUGACUGUGUGCGGCAUUUAAUAAAUAAUUGUGUGCAAAAUAAAUGUUCAAAAAGUAAAAUACACAAAAUAAACGUUAACACGAAAAGUGCGAAAAUGUAUCCCCGACUUGCAUCAAUCAGCCCGUGAAAAAUCGAAAACAACAAGAAAAGUGCGUGCUUGUGUACAAUUCACUCAUCCGGAGAUUUGGAGCUGCGAAUUUUGCGAACAUCAACAUUCUUCAUAAUUUUCCUUUGGAUACGGAACCGCCGCAAAAGGAUGCGGGCUUAGAGGAGGCGAUCCAACGAGGAGGAAUCGAUACCGGAACGUACAGAGCAGCCAUGUCCCAGCAAGUUUUCUCGGCGCAUCCAGCGCUGGCGGUGGAUCAACUGCAGCAAGCGGCGGAGCAGGACCAGGAGCACAACACUAGCAGUAAUCAUCACCAGCAGCGAUUGGCGACGCAAAGCAGGCGGCACGCCAAAGCCACACCCAACAAAUUCACCCUAAGUAGGAGUUGUGCCGGCGGAGGAGGCGGAGCGGGAGCCCUGAGCAGAGUCCACCAGCAAGUCACACCUAGUUCAUCCAAUCCCGCCAUCAGUCCGGAGUCCAGAAAAACCCUGCCCGCGCGGACUAACUAUGCAGCGGUGGACGAUGACGAUGACAUCGAGUGCGAGGACGUGGAUGAGGUGAACUUUGGCCACCCGGAAAGGGAGACGGCAACGGAAAAGAAUGCGGCAAUCCGGCAACCAACCAAAGACUGUGGCACCGACGAGACGGAUCACGUGCAGCAGCGCCACAAAAGCACGACGACGAGCAGGCAUCACCAAGACGGAGGCGGUGGCGACCAGAGCGAUCUGAGCAGCGUGAUCAGCUCGCCCUCGGUCAGUACUGUUUCCUCGCCCCUCUCCACGCCAACUAGGCUGCCACAGCCGCUCCAGCAGCAGCUCCAUUGUUGCCAGAAGUCGAACGGCGGCGGUGGCGGCGGCGAGUCUCGGGCGAGAACAUCCCCGCAGCAGUCCCAGCAUCCGCACAGGCAUCACCAGCAGCAUCAUCAUCAUCACCACCACCAUCAUCACCUCACGGCAGCGGGCUGUGCGGGGGGAGGUGGCUCUGGCUCUGGAGGAUCUGGAUCGACGGCAUCCUGCAAGGCCAAGAAGCUCGAUCCACGACUGAAUCCCUCGCCCUAUCGGCAGCUAUUGCCCAUUGCCCUGUGCCUGCUCUCGUUCGCGACCGUCUUUGCCACGUUAAUUGUUUACAUGGACACGACAGAGAUCCGCCAUCAACAGUUUCGGCUGAAUAUGUCGCGCGACUACGAGCUGAAUGGGGUUGCGCAAGACGAUCCCGACCUCAUUAAAUUCCUGCGCCAGAUCCAUAUGGGCAAGUACCUGGGCAAGGCUUCGCCCAAGGUUGCCGCGGCAGCGGCAGCGGUGGGUGUGGGGCCGCCGCCGCUAUCCAACUCCCCCAAGACGGCUGCCGGCAACAGUAGCGGGAGCGGAGCCGAUCAACUGGCCCACUAUGUAGCUGAUCUGGUCGGCGGCAAGAUGAACGGUGCGGUGAUCCAGUCGCUGAGCGGUCCGCUGGCCCACCUGAUCACGGCGCCUUGGCUGAGUGAGCACCUCGAUUGGAUGGGCGUGCUGGUGGAGCCGGAGCCACGCUGGUACUUUACGUUGCGCAAGCAGAACGCCCAGCGAGCGCGCAUGCAGGUGGUGCACGCCUGCGUCUCACCCAACACGUAUCCCAAAGAGAUUACCAUACACAACGAGGAUGUGCGCAUUAAUAGUCUGCACGACGAGGAGACCUCGUGGUUCAACACGCGUGUGAAAUGCUUUCCGCUCUACACUAUCAUGCUGGCAUGUGAGCGCACCGAAUACGAUCUGCUCAGUCUGGGUGUGCAGGGGCAUGAGCUGGAGAUCUUGCAGACGCUGCCCUUCGACAAAGUUAAAAUCGAUGUGAUAUCGAUACAUUUGCUCGAGGACCACGAGGACGUGCACGACUACGUGCUGGACAUCACCCGGUUUCUAGCGGGCAAGUCCUACAAGCUGCAGCGAAAGAUCGGCAGAAACUACUUUUAUCAACGGCUCAAUGCCAGUGCCAGUCGCACGCGCAAGAAAGACAUUCUCCUGCUGAAGACGCCAUAGGCUUUAUAUCCACAACGAACGAUCGAAGGAUCCCCAGCACGACAACGUUUACUGUUAGCCACAAAAAAAGUAAAAUUCGAGAGAAAGCUACUGAAGAGAUCCGUAAUAAACUUGGCAGCGAGAGCGAGAGAGACACUGGCAGAUGCUCUCACAAACUGAACUCUAUGUUAUAAUGAUAAUUAUUACCAUACAUACGCUACACACUAACGAUAUCGUUUAUAUAUAUAUAUAUAAAUAUACUGUGUACCGAUUACGAUAUAUAUUGUACGAGUAGAUUCUUAGUUUUUGUAAAACUCAAAUCUCUUUUUCCCACUAUACCUUCUUCAUGUUAUUAUUUCCAUUUAUUUUUUUGUCCAAAAUUGUUUUUUGUGCGUUUAGAUGCAUAAUUAUUGUGUUGGAUACAAACACGGAUUACUAUUAAUAAAUAUAUGCAUAUAUAUCGUAUUAUGAUUUGCUAUAAGCUAUGCUAAUUCAAUGUUAGUCUAAGAGAGCGCCCCCUUUCGAUGUAUAAAUUAAAUUGCAACUGGCGCGGCGAGCGAGGAAUAAUUGUAUCUUCUCUGCUAUUAGGCUUAGGUCGGCUAUCCAUCUCCAACAACUAUCCUAUCCAACUAUCUAUAUCUAUGCAAGUUUAUGUUAUAUCGAAUGCUUUAUCUAGUAUCCAAUAAGUAAGCAAAGGCCUAACGUAAAUUAUUGUUUAAACUGGCGCCGAACACAUACACUCUAAAUACGAAGCAUAUUUAAAUUAUAUUAAAUUAUUGAACCAAACCAAGCACAUCCAUACACACACACACAUACACAACCAUUGUACACACACUAGCGCAAGCGAAUAAAUAUAUAGAAAACUCAUUUGCAAAAUCUGCUUUCAAACUCAUCUCAUAUUCAUAGUUACGACAUAAGCGAACAAUAAGCAAAUAAAUUAAAAAUCACCCGCAAGCAACAAUAAAAUCGAAGAAAUAGUGAGAAGUCAGAAGGAGAAGCAACUAAAAUUCAAAGCAAGAGAUUGAAGAAAUACCCAAAAUAUACACCCCCACACACACUCAUGCACAUUUUAUAUGUACUAGUGAAUAAACAAAUUAAUAAAUAAAUAUAGCGCAACGAAUAACUAAAUGUAAAA